GCACUCGGAGAUGGGCAAGGCGGGGCCACUAUGCGUGACGUAACUGUCCCGCCGCAGCCCCGCUGAUCUCGCGAGGCUGCAUGUGGGCGGAAACACAGUGGCUGCCGCACGAUGCGGUUCCUGCUUUGCUUCGCUUUCCUGGGGAGUGUCGCUAUCGCUAUCGCGACCCAAGCGGUGAAGGAUGGAGAAGGAGGGCAGAGUGGCAGCCAGAGGAAUAACAACCCCAAAGACCUUGGAGAUGCCGUUAAAGACGUGGUUUCUGGUGCUAAGGCUGCAGCCAAUUCUCUGAGUGGUAAAGAAGGGCCCCACCAGAGUGAACCAGCAACAGAUCUUCAGGACAGCCCACAAGAGGGCCAACCAGAACAGAGGAAAGAGGCCGAAUCCAACGACUCUCAAGGGACCAAAGGGGCCAGCUCUCAAGUCAGCCAACCAGAUAACCAACAGGGGGCUAAAGAGGGCCAGCCAGCCAGCUCUCAAGUCAGCCAACCAGAUAACCAAGAGGGGGCUAAAGAGGACCAGCCAGCCAGCUCUCAAGUCAGCCAACCAGAUAACCAACAGGGGGCUAAAGAGGACCAGCCAGCCAGCUCUCAAGUCAGCCAAACAGAUACCAAACAGGGGGCUAAAGAGGGCCAGCCAGCCAGCUCUCAAGUCAGCCAAACAGAUACCAAACAGGGGGCUAAAGAGGGCCAGCCAGCCAGCUCUCAAGUCAGCCAAACAGAUACCAAACAGGGGGCUAAAGAGGGCCAGCCAGCCAGCUCUCAAGUCAGCCAAACAGAUACCAAACAGGGGGCUAAAGAGGGCCAGCCAGCCAGCUCUCAAGUCAGCCAAACAGAUACCAAACAGGGGGCUAAAGAGGGCCAGCCAGCCAGCUCUCAAGUCAGCCAAACAGAUACCAAACAGGGGGCUAAAGAGGGCCAGCCAGCCAGCUCUCAAGUCAGCCAACCAGAUAACCAACAGGGGGCUAAAGAGGACCAGCCAGCCAGCUCUCAAGUCAGCCAAACAGAUACCAAACAGGGGGCUAAAGAGGGCCAGCCAGCCAGCUCUCAAGUCAGCCAAGCAGAUACCAAACAGGGGGCUAAAGAGGGCCAGCCAGCCAGCUCUCAAGGCAGCCAACGAGAUGACACACAAGAGGCUAAAGGGGCCCAAUCGGCCAGCUCUCAAGGCAACCAACCAGAUAACACACAAGUGAGCAAGACCAGCCCAAAAGAGGACCAGCAGAAUGCACCAGAAAAAGGCAAGAAGACCAACCUAAAAGGGGGCCAGCAGAUCCCCCCAGGAAAAGGCCAGCAGACCCCCCUAGAAAAGAACCAACAAACCAGCCUAGAAGGGGACCAGGAGACCAACCCAGAAGUGGACCAGGAGACCAAAGGAGAUUCUAAUGAGAUUAUUUCUAGUGAUCCUUUGAAAGAAGAGUCCAAAAUAGACACCAAUGUGAAUCCUCCAGCAGACAAUACUGAGCAUAGCAAUCUUUAUUUGGAGGAGAAUGGUCAAGUCAAGGAAAAUUCAGAAAGCAGCCACUUUUUUGCAUACUUGGUCACAGCAGCCAUCCUGGUAGCUGUCUUGUACAUUGCCUAUCACAACAAGAGAAAGAUCAUUGCUUUUGCCUUGGAAGGAAAGAGAGCCAAAGUUACCAGGAGGCCAAAGGCCAGUGACUACCAACGUUUGGACCAAAAGGUAAGAAAUUAGAAUCUCUAGAAGGACAAUUAGGCAGCACCUAAAAGUUAGAAAUAAGUUAAUGAAAUGGCUAAAUAGAUAAAGCUCUUUGAGUUUUGCAAAGCACUUUACAAAUACGAUCUCAUUUGAUCCUUAAAACCACCCUGGGAAGUAAGUGCUGCUAUUCUCAUUUUACAAAUGAGAAAAAGGCAGAGAUAGACUUGCCCAGAGCUGCAAAGUAUGAACUGUCUUGAGGGUUAAUUUGAAUUUAGGUCUCCCUGAUUUAAUGCUCAUUUCCCUAUCCACCAUGCCAUCUAGCUGUCUCUAAGAACAAAACAGCUUAGGGAGAGCAUUGAUUUUGUGAUUUUUCUAAGCCAAAUGUUCAAAGCAUAGUGAGCAUUCAAUUAACAGGUGUUGACUUAACUCAUAUGCUUGGAACAUCUGAUUUCUAUGAGGGAGAAAAGUAUCCAUACCUCCUUACUGGGGUGGGACCAGGGCAAGUUUCAGAUUGACCAGAGGCCGGUGAACUUGAUCAAGCUCUCCUCCUCAAGUCUCUCUUGCAAGAAGAGCUCUGAUAUGCUUCCACUUCUCUACGGCCACCAUAUAGACCCUCUUCUUCUCCUUGUUCUUAGCACUGAUAAGGAAUGGCAUGGAGCUUACCUUUGGGUGGUCUUAGUUGAUAACUAAGAAAAGCCCCUUUGCUGCUAUUUGCUGUCUAUAGAAAAAAACCAGGCAUGGUCCCUCCACUUUAGCUGAGAAGGCUUCAUGGGCCAGUUUCAGAAUUCUACCCAGGUCUGCUGCCCUCUCAAGUUCACUGGCCCUUGGCACCGUCAAGCUCUAGAUUGCUUUUUUUUUCUUUAACCUUUGCCUUCUGUCUUAGAAUACUAAGUAUUGGUUCCAAGGCAGAAGAGUGAUAAGGGCUAGGCAAUGGGGUUAGGUGAUUUGUCCAGGGUCCCAUAUCUAGGAAGUGUCUGAGGUCACAUUUGAACCUAGGACCUUCUGACUCUAAGCCUGGCUUUCUAUCCAUUGAGCCACUUUGCUGUCCCCUAAAUUUUUUUAAGUCUGACUUCGAGGAUAGUUUUGCUGCUCAUCUAACUAUUCCUAUAGUUGUAUUUAUUUAAGUUUGCAGAGCCAUUUUUGUAUUUAUGUGCAAUUUUUCAAAAUCACAGACAGCUAUCAGCCACAGAGAAUUCUUAGAAAUGAGCCGAGUUAUUGUGGUUGUUGUUUUAGAUCUGAUUUCACCCUGAAAAACGUGCCUGCCCUACUGCUUUGUGUCCUGAAGUACAAGAGCCUGAAGAAUGGUGCCUGACCUGGGUAGAACCUCUCUCCCUGAGCUGGAUCUCUGGCGAGUCUGGGCCAGUCAAGGCAGGGAAUGGUUUCUUCUUUGCACCUGCACUUUGAUAAAAUCAAACUCCUUCUGUUUGCUGGUUGUGUGCUGUUUUCUUCCAUUCUUUCCUCCUCUGAGGGCGACUGAAGAGACACAAGAACUUCCUGGGCUGUCACCAAAGGAAAGUCCUGGCCCAGGAUGGGCUAUUAUUGUGCCCUCUGCUCUAGGGCUUGGUGGUAAAAAGGUUUGCCUUAGCAGAAAAUAUUGCACUCUUUGACUGCUCUUCUCUGCUGACUUGAGCAGAUCCAGGGUAGGGAGGGUGAAUUACUCAUUUAAGAGAUGGUAAUGGCUGAAGUGGGAGAGCUUCCAAACAGGAGAGAUCUUCUCCGCAUGUGAGUUCCUGCUCAUCAAGUGCAGAUUGUUCAGUCUUUCUAAUGUUUGCAAAUUGCUUCAGGAAAACUACAAAUGAGGGAAACAACGUCCCUCCAAUUGCACUGAAUAUAUAUAUUCAGCUCUGGGUUGUGGGAGCUAAGCCCUUGAGUAGAGAUGUUUUAGAAUUUUAAGAUGUUCAUUUAUAAAUGUCCACAAUUUCACCCACACGCACAGUAGAAAUUUGCACAUGAAAAUCACAUCAUUUUAUCAAAAGGUUUUUGAGAAGCAGAUUUCCCACCUAACCCACUUUGCACUUGUCAUUGAUUGUUGCCUUUUAAAAUGUUCUCAAGAACUUCUCAUCCAGUCAGACUUGGUCUGUUUGCAGGGAUUCUGGAACCUUUGAUCCUUUGGUGGUUCUGAGACAGAGCUGUCCUGCUUCUCUGCUCCUUGUGUGUCAGGGAUGUUAAGAUCUAUGUAGUGGAAAUUUCCAAGAGGCAAGGAGGUGAUUUUCCCUGCUGGAAACAUUGAAGGAAGUUGGUCACAAGAUAAUUGUUUUUAUUGCAUUGUUAUAGGGACUCUGGACUUUGGGUAAAGUGAAACCCAGAGCAGAAUAGCUUACCUCAGGGAAACCCAGGGAAUCAGGUGAGAGAGAAGCCAGGGCAUUGUAGGGAAGCUUGCAGAAGGCUCAGUUCAGAUUGUUGCAUGAAUUCUCUCCUGCUUUGAAAUUGUGAGAACUACUUUUCUUAAGUUGAUUUUUUUUUAAUUUUAUUAAAAUUAAUACUUCCCUUACUGAAAAGAUCAAGGCUCCCUAAUAUGCAUAUUUUCACUAAGCCUUAUCUCGGCUUUAACUAGUCAGUAUCUUUGUGUCAUUCCUCACUGCAUUUGGAGGAAGAAAUGUUUCUUCCUUUUAGAAUUAACUCCACUGCCCAGAAUCUUUCUCCAGUUUUUUCUGCCUGUUCCCAGGAGCUUUCUUUUUUAGUUAUCACCCUUCCCCAUUUAUUCUUUAGCAUUUUUAAUUGCUUCCUCACUUUAUUAGUUUUCCCUUUCUGUCCCCAUACACAGAGCACAUUUUUUCCAUUUGUCUGCCUCUGUUACUUCUGUGACCAUCCUGUUCUCCUUUCUCUGCCUAGCUCCUCAAGCAAGUGGCAUUCGAAAUUCUAUCCUUGUUCCCUUGGGUUUGUGAUAUUAUGCUAAGCCUUAUUCUUCUCCUACCUCUCCAGCUGCUCCUCUUUGGUACCCUUUGCUUCUCUCCAUCUGCUCCCUUUGAACAGUGAAUAUUCUUCAGCACUUAGUCGUUCUGCUAUUGUCUCUAUGUACUCAGGGAACUCAUUCACUGUGGGACUUUGUAUCUUUAAGCCCCACCUCCCUUCUAAGUCCCCAUCUGGUAUCUAGAGCUACUGGCUGCAUGUUUCUCCUUGGAUGCCUGGCUCCCUGUCACUUGGAACCAGACUCCCUGGCCUUUCAGACUGUCUCCUCGAGCUUGACUUAACCUGUUUUUUUAGGAUCACAAUUCAUUCUCCCUAUUAUCCAGGCCCCCUUACUCCUCAGAAAGAACCAUAUCGAUUCUUCCUUUAACAUGUCUCUCACCUCUAGCCUUGCUUUGUUAGUUUCUUUUUGUAGUUUCCAUUGCCAUUAUCCUGAUCCAGUUCUCCUCAUCUCACACCUUGCUUGUUGUAGCGGCCUUUGUUACCACCAGAUUCUUUCUCCCUUCCAAACCUUCACCUUGCACAGAUGACAGCUUCACUUUCCUAAAACAUUCCUUUCAUCUCAUUCUUCUGCUCAAAAAUCUCCCAUUGUCUCCAAAUAAAUCCAGGUUUUCCUGCAUGGUGUUCAAGACUCAAAACAAUCUAGUACUAAGUUAGCUAUCCAACCUUAACUCUUUUAGGUUGAAACACUUGGCUUUGUGCUAAAGUCUGAACAAUCUCGCCAACCUAUGAACUAUCUCCUUACCUUUACCUUGAUCAUGCCAAUCCUUCCCCUUCAAUAGGACCAAUUGCUUCAGGGUCCCCUCAAGUCCCCCCUCUUUCAACUUGAACAGCCUACGUGCAUCCUCCUCUGAACUUAUUAACUUUGUCAUGCAUUCAGGAAUUUAAUCAAUUUGGGACUUUGUUUCAUUAUUCAGUUUGAACAGAUGUGGUCUUGCCUUCUUAGUUGAGAAAAUUAUCUCUGUUUUGUUCAGUAAAUUGUGGAGUUUCUUUAGCCAAUACUUGCCACCUAAAUGUAGUAUUAUAUUAGACUAGGAUCUCAACUGCUUAGAGGUUCCUAGGUUUGCCUAAAGAAAAAGAGAAGGCGAAAGAAUUAUAUGGCAUUGAGGAAGUUUAACCUUUUGGGGGAACUGUGAUGUUGCAUUGUCAGACCCAUGUUUCCAGUAAAAAUAGGAAAUUUCAUCUUCUCAGUUUUUGAGUUGAGGGAAAGGCUGUUUUUUAUGCUGAAAUAACGCAAAGAACUUAAGAUCAUUUCAUUCCCAAAACUCUCUCAUGGAGUGUUGUUAUGCUGAAUAGUUGUUUGGAAAUUUUGGGGCCAGUUUCCCCAGAAAUUUUUCUUCUAAGUAUUUUUUUCAGGAGUGAGAAUCUGGCUUGAAACUUGGAAAUGAAGACUAAAUGUCCUUUUUCUGUGAUGAUUUUUUUUGGGUUAAUUUUUAAAAAGAAAUUUUGAUAAGAUUCUUUUAUACUCCUUAAAAUCUUACAUUACUUGUCUGUGGAUUAUUUCUUCUUUCUCUGAUUCAUUUCAUUCCAGAUUUUUUUUAUCUACCCUAUGUUUUUGAAAGUCAGUUUGAAGCUGAAUGAAGUUUUUAUGGUCAGAGCUAGAAUCCUUUGUACAUUUGGAAUUGUAACAGUUGAGAACCUGGGAAGGAUCAGGCCCAGUCUUUCUGCUAAUAGGGCAUGUUGCUAGAGUAUAUGCAUUCAGUACUGAUCAGACUUUUGCCAGUAACCUCCUGGAUUUAGUUGUAAUAUUCAGUGCCAUGGUCCAUUCUACUAUAGGUCCUUCUACAUAUCAGGCAUGCAUUUGCCAGAUGACUUUUAUCUUGAGGUUUAUCUGCACCUGUGCUUAGAAUUCAUGAGCUACGGUUUUUAUUUCCCAUUGCAUUGGAACCCAAUUUUCUUUAAAGAACUAUCUCAGUCAUUGAUAUAUAUGUUUCUGUGAUUUCCAAGUAUGCCUUGUAAAAUGAAGUAAUUUGUCUAAUUGGCAUUAUUGUCCCUUUCUGGGUAGUCUAGCCCAUUUCCUUCUUGGUGGCUUUAUGUGUCGUGUCCCAUACUUACACUUUUUACCAAAUUUCACCAAUAAAUUACAUGAUUUUUUAAAAAA